AUGGUUGAGGUUCAACGCAAUCCGCGAAAUGUACGCAGGCGACAUCAUGAUAAUAAUAAUAUUCACAAUAGGAAUAAUGAUAAUAUUGAUGUGGGACACGAACGACACCAUGCUGCGCACCAUGGCGAUAAGGUACACAAGGAAGGCCAUCAUCACUCAAAAUUACGUAAAGUGCGACCACAUGAACAACAUACUAGUAAAUUUGAGGAUUCCCAUAAUCACGAUAAUGCUGAUUCCGAAGACACUCAUGAGUCGGUAAACGCAAUAGGCGACGACGAUAGUGACGAUGAUGAGGAAACUGCGGAUAACGGCAUAAACACUAACGACUUGAAUAAUACCAAGAAUGCGGACGUAGAUUUGAUACUUUUCAAUCGAGUCGCUAAAGUGGGUAGUCAGUCGUUAAUGCAACUGAUGACUCGCUUGGGCAAACUUAAUGGUUUCACCACAUCGCGCGAUUCGGGUAAACGCUUCGAGACUGUUCUAAUUGGACCACAUCGCCAGCGUGAAUUGAUGAUGGAGGUAUUGGCCAUGCCGAAACCGCAUGCUUACAGUCAACAUUUAGCUUAUAUAAAUUUCACCCGCUUCCACUUACCAAAACCGAUCUAUAUUAACUUGGUUCGACAUCCCAUCGAACGUAUUAUAAGUUGGCAUUAUUAUAUACGUGCCGAGUGGUAUUACAAAGACAUGAAGGAUAAGUUGGGAGAUAAAGCUCCGCCUAGACCUUCAGACGAAUUUAUGAAUAUGGAUUUGGAUACUUGCGUGAAAACAAACAAUUUAUACUGUCAGUUCAAUCAGGAUGAGAUAAUAAAUCCAUCCGGUGACCAUCGUCGGCAAACGCUAUUCUUUUGCGGACAAAAUAGAAAACUCUGCAUGCCCUUCAACUCUGUUGCGGCAAUGCAGAAAGCGAAGCGUACGGUAGAACAAGACUAUGCAGUGGUUGGAACGUGGGAGGAUACAAACAUCACCCUAUCCGUAUUAGAGCAUUAUAUACCGAAAUUUUUCAAACAUGCGAAAGUUGUUUACUAUAUGGGUAAAGAGCAAUUGUCGAAAGUUAAUAGGAAUCCGGUGAAACGGUCAGUGAGUCAGGAAACGCGUGAGAUCCUUAGUAAGAACUUAACCAAUGAAAUUGAGUUUUAUGAGUUUUGCAAACAGCGUCUAUAUUUGCAAUAUAGUGCGAUCAGUAAUUUCGGCAGAAUAGACAAUGACGACUAUGUGCUAUUACCGCAGCACAGUGAUGAUGAUGAGAUAUACGAUGAUGAUUACUAA